AUGACUCUUUUUAAUGUCGACAUUUCGUCGAUCAUAAUCCUCCUCAUAGCAGGUUAUGUUACACGUUUUUAUUAUAAAUAUUUGACUCGCCAGAGUCCACUACCAGGCCCAAUUCCCCUACCACUUGUAGGAAAUAUAUUGACAUUCACUGGUGAUAUUGCUGUCUGGCCUUCGGAACUGCAGGCCAAAUAUGGAGAUAUCUUUGAAGUGUAUGUAGGUCCUACUCGCAACGUUUGGCUAUGCAACGAAGAAUUGCCGCAAAAAAUUUUUAGCUCGGCCUUGCGCAACAAUUUCCAUGAUCGAGUUAGUAAAGACUGUGGUCUUGAUGAGGUUGGAAUGAUUAAUGUCGCAUUAGCAUUUAAUCUAAACUAUGAUGAGUGGACAUACGUUCGCAAAUUUUACCUUAAGACUAUGUUCACACCAGCUUUCAUGAGACAAGCAUUAGCUUGUACGCAAUCUACAUUUCAGUUAAUGGAGGGUUAUUGGGCAAAGCUAGGUGAAGACACGGUAUUAGAUUUCUCCGAAUGGUCAAGAGGUUAUUUAAUGGAUUCGGCUUUCUUUCUCACCACCGGCAAUUAUUUGGAUGUGUUAACCGAUUAUUAUAAUAAAUUGUCCCCUAAUAGCGACCCCGAGAUUUCCGAUGGCUUGUUAAAAGAAAAAGAAUAUUUUAGGCAAUGUGCCACUGACUUCAUAAAUUUAGAAUUGUGGUUUUACUUUGCACCCAAAAUUGUCAGAGAUUUACCUAUAAUUAGAUCCUACACCAAGAAAUGUAAAGAUAAAAUUGAAUAUUUAAGGGAAAAUCUCCUUAAAAUUGUUAAAGCUCGAAGAGAGGAGAUUGAAAGAACUCCAGAAGAUGAAAAAUUGGUUCCUGAUUUUUUAACAAUGUUUUUAACAGUCAACACUCCUCGUGACAUUACUAAGGGGAUUGCUGAUGAUAUAAAUGGUCGACCAAUGACUGAUAAAGAGAUAGUUAAUGUUUUUCUCGAAGUUUCGGCUGCUGCACCUGGCCUGGUAUGGUUAUAUAUUUGA